AUGCCUGACACAGAAAAAGACAAGAUGCUGCGCGGCGAGCUUUAUCGCGCCUUCACCCCGGAACUGACGGCCGACCGGGCUCGUUGCCGCGCCGCCUGCACUCGAUUCAACAAUGCCGGCGAGGUCUCGCGACGACGUUUGCUCGAGCUCUGGAAAGAUAUAGCUCAGGACACAACCCCUCUUCCACCUGCCAAAGAGGACCCCGCAGAGGACGACGCUGUCCUAGAGAACGAGCCUUGGAUCGAACAGCCCAUCAGAGUUGACUAUGGGUACAAUGUCAAGCUCGGCCAGGGGGUCUUUAUCAAUUUUGACUGCGUGAUUAUCGACACUUGUGAGGUCACCAUCGGCGCACGAACCCUGUUUGGGCCAAAGGUCAACCUGUACAGCGGUACACACCCUCUUGAUCCAGAUCUACGCAAUGGAACUUCAGGACCUGAAACCGGAAAGGAAAUCCAUAUUGGCGAAGACUGCUGGUUAGCUGGGAAUGUCACCAUUCUGCCUGGUGUGACGAUAGGAAAUGGUGCGGUGAUUGGAGCGAGCAGUGUGGUAACCAAGGAUGUUCCUGCAUAUCACCUUGCUGUAGGAAACCCCGCUAGAGUCAUACGUAAGAUUGAGCGUUCUGGAGGGAAGUAG